CGGCGAUAAGACUCGACAGGGAAGAAGACUCCAACUGCCCUCCCAUUCGAUCUACCAUGUACGAAUAUGUAUAAAGGAUGAUGUCAGGGUGAUACCGAGGGGACGAGGGGAAUCAUAAACAAAUCCCUACAUAGCAUAUUGUUGCUCACAACUCACUCCCUCACUUACCCCUCCACACUCUUUGAACCGUGCGAUCGCCGGUCCCUCAACCAACCAUGCCACGAACAUAUACUUUCCCCGGUGUCGCCGUCAUCACCGGAGCCGGCGGAACUGGCAUCGGCGCAGCCGUCGCAAAGAGCUUCGCCGCCGCGGGAUGCGCUCGCAUCGCAAUCACGGAUCUGAACCCGAGCUCGCUGAACGACACCCAGGAAGCCAUUCUCGCGACAUCCCCCAACGUCCGCCUCCUCGCCCAAGCCGGCGACAUCUCCGACGAGAGCUUCGUGGAAUCCUUCAUCGCCGCCGUGGUAUCAAAGUUCGGCCGCCUCGACUACGCAGUCAACUGCGCCGGGGUACUAGGCGACGCGCUGCGCUCGACCGAGACCUCGACCGAAAUCUUCGAUCGCAUCACCAACAUCAACUACCGGGGCUCGUGGCUGUGUUCCCGCGCGGAGCUGAGACAAAUGAUCGCACAGGACCCCCUGCCCUGCCAGGAUGAUUCGGCGUUGCGCGAGGGCCCGCGCGGGGCGGUGGUCAAUAUUGCCAGCCAGUUGGGGAUCGUGGGACGGCCGGGGGCGCCGGCGUACUGUGCUUCCAAGGCGGCCAUUAUCGCGAUGACCCGUUCCGACGCCAUUGACUACGCGCGGGAGGGGAUCAGGGUCAACUGCGUGUGUCCCGGCGUGAUCGAGACUCCCAUGACCACAUCCAGCGAGGAAGUCCGGGAACGACUCCGGCCGGCCGUGGAAAUUGCGCCCAUGAAGCGGAUGGGCAAGCCCGAGGAGGUGGCUGAUGCAGUGCUCUUCCUCUGCUCGAGCUUUGCGUCCUUCGUGCAGGGACAUGCGCUUGUGGUGGAUGGAGGGUAUAUUAUCAAUUAAGAAUCAUCAAAAGCUAAAAGCUAAGAAGCUAUGCUCAAUAACGAUUGAUGAACUGGUUUUCAUUCGUGGUAGACAGUACGUGAUAUGAUGAAAUUGAGGUCAUGAAAUGUUAUGUUAUGUCCAAUGAUGAUAUGACUUGAAAUAUGUACUGUACUUGCGAUUUUCCCCCUUAGAAAGUAUCAUCAACAUCACCUCUUAUCCCCUUGACUCUUCCAAUCGAAAUGCUGCUCCCAAGCAUGCCCCACCCGAAGCACCUUAGCCUCCUGCCACAGCCCGCCGACUAUUUGCAUCCCCACCGGCAACUGAACCUCACCAUGAUCCUUAGCAGCCGCACGACCCACGGGUAUCGACAUAGCAGGAUGGCCCGUGACAUCGAAAAUCGCGGUAUUGAUCGUGAGGCCCAUACUAGGCCGGAGCGCCUCGACCGGCAGGUCGCGCGGCGAGC